AUGGGUUUAUGGAAUAUAGAACCUGAUGAAGAAAGAUUUAAAAAAUACGGACAGCAUUUCACUGUGUUAAAGGUAAUCAUUCACCCCAGCUACGACAGAAAAACUGGCUCACAUGAUGUUGCCUUGGUACAGCUGGACCGUCCAGCUCUGAUAACGAAGUAAGUUGCCUUUCUGUUUGCUUCUUGACCAUCAUCAAUUAGUAGUAUACAGCCUCUUUCAUCAUCUAAUUCAUCUUUCCAUGCAAUUACAAAUCUCGUUAACAAAGUCAAGAAGGAGCCGACUAGAAGUUCUACUAAUCGGCUCCAGAUGAGCUAAGUGGCAUUCAUUUCAGGCCGGCCCUCUAAAGCUCAAGAAAUUUGCCACAACGAGCAAGUUACCAUUUGCAAUACAACCUGCAACGCAGGCGUAUUUUUGGGCGGGCGAAAACUCCUCCUUUCUUUUGGGGUUUCGAAUGAGCGCUUGCACGAGCAAAAACAUUUGCGAGCUCGGCCGAAGAACACGUCUGCACUGGAGGCUAAUGAUACUAGGAAGAAUUCCCCAAUAAAAAAUUGAAGUUAACGUUUUUAACUGCUCCCUUUGCAAAGUUUCCUAGCUUUUUCCAGGCUCCAAGAUAGCGAGGAAAGGGGUCAUGUAGCAGCUGCUCGGAAGAGAUGUCACCAGUGGUGCCUAACCCUGACCCCAAACAAUAUUGAAACAAUUGAAAGAAUGGCAUGCGACCAGUCAGGAGAGACCUUACGAGCAGCUCCUACACAACUGGCGGGAGGAAAGCGGGUCGCGAACAGUUGCGCGAAAACUGCGUGGGAACUUUGGAGAAACGGAACAGUUGUUUUCAAUAACUCAUUCUACUAUACCAGGUCUUGGUAUACCCUAUGAUUGGUCAAUUGUGACUGUUUACUUCAACACUGUCGUCAAUUAUUUAGCUUUGCGAGCGCAGAGGAGGUCGGUUUCAUGGCCUGUUCUAGGUUUUACAGACACCCAAUUUUUGGUGUCAUUCAACAAGUUCAAGUUAAUACAGCCUGUAAACCCCGGUCUUUGAAUCUGCGGUCUGCAGUUUGUGGCACGGUCUGCAGUCUGCAUAUGUCACACGCCUUACUCAGCCUCGAUCAAUGAAUUGUUAACUAUACUUUUUGCAUAGAGUUAAACUUCUAUUCAGGGGACGCCCUCGAGGCCGAGGCAAGUGUCCCCUAAAUAUAGGUGUCCCCUGGGUAGAGGUUGGUGUUGGGCCUUUUAUUAGCAAUUUACCAACAAAGAAAAUAAAUAUAUUUUUAAUCUGCCCCGGAAUUUUUGCUCAGCCAGCAGUUAUUACUCUAAGAGGUUAGGUAAUGAACAAAAAAAUCAAGAUUAACUUUUCUCUGCGAUGUUGUGUGCUGAAUUCCCAUAUUUGUAGUACAUCGAUUUAAGUCAGAUUGUUCAUGUUGUGGAAGCUAUCAUCAUUGUGAUAAGAGUACACUGAAACUUAUCAACCGUCUUUGUGGUCAGUCACGUUUUGAGUGCUAAGGUGUCCCCCGAGUGGAGGUCAAACCAGGGUUUUGUGACCCAGAAAAAUGUCCCCUUUCCUUGAAUAGAAGUGUCCCUUCCUAUGUGAACAUUUUUCCGGGACCAGAUUUUGUGUACCCUGUAUGGAUUUGUCCCUUGAAUAGAGGUUCCACUGUACGUUAGCUUCUAGUUUUGGCCAGCCAAAAGAGCUGAUCAUUACGUCAAGGUCUUGCUCGUUUGAUUUUCAUGCUUAAAGUCUUGCAGACAGUGGUUUCAGAUUUCUAGGGAUUCGCUCCAUGUAAGGGAAUCCAACACAGUCUUGGAUUAUUCCACGCCUUGGAUUCCGGAUUCCAGGUACUGGAUUUCAGAUCUUUUGUCUGUGGACCCUGGAUUCCGGAAUCCAAUCGUUGGUAGCAUUCCGGCCACGAGAAAAAUUACUCGGAUUCCGAAUUCCACAAGCAAAAAUUUCCGGAUUUCCUUACAAUGGGCGAUAGGCAUCAUAGAUGGGCAAACGGACAGGGAAAAUAAAAAAAUACUUUGUUCGCUUUCCGAGUGGUUAAGCUACUCAGUCCAGAACUGCUUACUUAUAGCGCUGUCCUUCCAGCCCAACUUACCGCGUAAGUCCUCUGUUAUGCACCCCCAAGGGCCUAUUUAUUUCAAGCCCAUCUGAUUGGAGUGCUUAAUAGAGACUGGGGGCUUAUUUAAUUUAGCAAAGACGAUAGUCUCAGUUCUCCAUAAAGAACUACAAUAAAGGAAGAAAAGCUCAAGUACAAGAAAGUUGGAGUUCAUGCAGCCGAGGAUUAAAAACAAAUCCAAAUCUCCAGUCGGUAAAUAAACCAUCCCGGAUCAGUGAUUGAUUAAUACGGCCUAUAAUUUAUUACUGAAGGAUAAUAAGGGGAGGAGAGGGGGGACUUAAAAGGAGGGAGAGGGAUCUUAUUAACUUUCUUCCCCUGAAAAGUGGGGAAGGCGCUUAUUAAAAGGAGGGCGCUUUUAACAGAGUACUUACGGUAAUCUUCUAUUUCAAUUCUUAUGUUGCAGCUAUGUUAAAACCGUAGCGUUACCAGCGAAAACCGAUGAAAAGGAACUGCGGGAGGGAAAAGCGUGUGUUGUCACGGGAUUUGGUUAUGUGGAUGCUUUUCAAACCCCUCCAACUCACCUGCAAGAAGUACAUGUCAACAUCCCCAACAAAACCGUAUGUGAAACGCUGUAUAGGAAGAAGGGUUAUAAUUACCAGUUGGACGAUUCAAUGAUCUGUGCUGGCAGGUUAAGGGGGAUGUAUGACGCGUGCCAAGGCGACUCUGGAGGACCCUUGGUCUGCAAGCACUCGGUUGGUUCAGAAUAUUAUCUGCAUGGCGUUGUUAGCUGGGGAAAAGGAUGCGGAGUACCUGAGCAGUUUGGGGUCUACGCAAAUGUAAUCUACUUCCUAGAUUGGAUAAAACAAAAUGCUGUAUAA